AUGAGCUGGAUGGACUCAUGGUCGCGCCCAAAGAAGCAAUCGGCUGUACCGCCGCCGUUCUACCUGACAAUCGGUGAAGAUGCUCGGUAUUGCAAGACCUGUGGUCGAAUAAUGAACUCCAAGAAAUCGAAUCCCAUAUCAGCCAACACCGUCAAAUACUGCUCAGCGCGCUGUAGGGGUCGCAAACCUGGGCCGAAUGACAAACGAAUUGAGAGAGCCAUCGUAGAUCUCUUAGAUGGAAAGGACGCCUCCGGGCUAGAAUUGACGGCUGCAAAGGCUAAAUGCGUCAAAGGAGACAAGAGGCUCAUUGUUACUAUGGAUGAAAUCGAAGCCAUCGUGUUCGGCAGCAGAUUUGACCCAGAGAAGAUAUAUGGCCGGAAGAAGAAUAGAGCAAAACGUGCUCUGGAUAGCGAAGAAAACUCGAACACUGUUGAUACAGAAGACAGUGGUUUAUCAGAAAUCACAGGCACCACGGCUGUUGUAACCGACACAGUCCGAGGCGGCGCGUCCAUUCGGUUACCACAGACACUAUCCGACGUCAAUGGCAGCAUCGGUGGAGAGAAGAGCCGGGCUGAGCGACAGGUAGAGUCGGAGGAAGCACUAGAUAAGAGAGCAGUUGGCGACAGGCGCGCCGAAGAGCGUGAGAUGGUACGAAGAGCAGCAAGACGAGGUAUCGUCUUCGGCUUUGUUGCUCAAGGACAUGGUAUGGCGGACAUACAAGACAAAGCGUCGCGAGUGAAGGAGUGCAAGUAUGGACAGAGCGACAAAGACAGAUCCGAGGAUACUCUCCGAAAAUGCGAGGCUGUCAUGCUUGGACAGGUUGUAGAGCCUAGUUUCGCGAAGGGUGAUUGGGGUAUACGAUGGCGAGAAUGAGGGACUUACGGGAGCGCAGUGCGGGAUUGUACAUUUGCGAUCGUCGAUAUGAUGGUCCAUACCCCCUGUGCGACAAUUCUAGCUCUGCCCAAAGGGCACUCGCCGAUAGCUCAGGAUAAGACAGACUCCAUACAUAAUUUAUAGGGAUUUCCGGCUGAAGAGCUCCGAUCUCCACGUAUUCGAGCUUAUAUUCUCUUUCACUUUGUCGCUCAACGACCCUAAUGAACGACUGCGGAAAGGACAUUUGAAUCAUCUACCUUAUCACAGCCCGCAUACGGGUCACUAGGAUCACGAUCUACAGUCGAAUACGAUCUCCUAUUGUCUAUCUCCAAAGUCAACCGCUCUU